UGAAGCGUGGGUGCGGACUUCAGUCUUCAGUCGCGUGCGACGCGCGCUCUUAGCCGCUACGUGCUACGUUCCUCGGCUCCGAUUUGACGCGGCUGAAAAAUGAAUGCGAAAGAACGUGCGCGCGUGGAACUAGACAUUUGUUUGCGGGUUAUUAGAAUUUUCCUGAUGGAAGUGUAAUACAGACGUGUUUUUCGCUGCAAUAAAUUCCUUUGCGCUGUACGAAAACCCACUCGGUGCACCAACUCGGGACCGGCGAGUAAAUCGAGAAAUAAAUUGUGGGCCGCGGGUUACAAGUUACAACGAUAAAAUGCGGUGUAAACGAUAGAUAUUCGCGGUUGCAUCGAUAUAUGGGGAACGCUAUUAAUUUGCGACUCUCGAUUACGCGCAAUCGAAAUUGACGAGUUCGAUGAGAUGAAGUACGAUCUUCGUGAUACUGUCUGAUGGAACGAUGUACGUUUUACUAUCGGCGCUUCUCUGCCGGUUGGGAAAAUUGUAAUUAAAGCUUUGCACAGACAGAAAUUAUUAAAAGAGAAAAAAGAAGCGCAAGAUGGAAAGUGGACGUAACGGCGCUUCGAAUAAAUAAUGCUCGUCAUCGAGCAAAAGAAGUGCACACAAACUCUUAUAGCUUUGAAAAAAGUUAGAGGCAGCGCGGUGAACUAAUCGUGUUUGACUGUCUUAUCUCUUAUCAAUUGAUAAAGUGGAGGUUGUUAAUCCAAAGUUGCAUUUCUUAUCCGCGCGCCGACGUUUCUCUUAAGAAGGUUAACGGAAAUCGCGAUCUCUGACCGAUCAAGUGUAAAUGAUCUCUGUCUAAUGAGACGAGAUCUGUUGAUGUUUUAAUGAAAUAUUUCAGUACUAAAUGUUUGCCAGAUUUUUACGACCGACUGUCGCCGAAAGAUAAAAGAAUGAUUAGUAAAAGCUAAGCAAAAUACGUAGAUUCUUAUCUCGCUUCGUGGAAAUUAUUGACAAUUAUGAGGGACAAGUUCACAUUCAGCUCAGGGGUGCCGGACAUGCACGAGACCCUGUCUAGCUUCCCGGAACAGUUUGGGGACGGCCCGAGAAAACCGGAAAUAAAGCCGGAAAUUCCGAAGGAGACGGAUAGAACCGCGGACAAUCUGAAAUGCGGUUGGUUCUGGUUCAGGCCAAUUUACUUGCAGAAAUUUCGCACUGCGAAAUGGGCGCUUUUCUGGCUGUGCUGGGCCGGGGCGAUGCAAGGGAUGGUCGUGAACGGUUUUGUAAAUGUCGUCAUAACGACGAUAGAAAGGAGAUUCGGACUAAAGUCGUCGGAGACCGGCUUGAUAGCGGGCGGAUACGAUAUAGCCAGCUUCCUUCUUCUCGUACCAGUGAGCUAUCUCGGCGGCCGCGCAAAGGCAUCGAAGCCAAGGUAUAUCGGCAUAGGAAUUCUAGUCUUAGGUAUAGGUAGCCUGCUGUUUGCGUCUCCGCAUUAUCUUGCCGGACCAUAUAGAGGGGGUCAGCAAACAGAGAACACAUGCCAAAGUGUCAGCAAUAUAUCGAGCCACUCGAUAUCCUGCACGGAUCAAUCUACCGUACAAGCGGAGCUAGAGCCUUACAGUGGCGUGUACUUAACCAUAUUUCUGGUAGCUCAGCUGUUACAUGGCGCCGGUGCGGCACCCUUUUAUACCCUCGGAGUUACGUAUCUAGACGAAAAUGUUUCGAAGAAGAUGUCUUCGGUGUAUCUAGGUGUUUACUAUACCAUGGCCAUAAUAGGACCAGCAUUAGGCUACGUUGUCGGUGGCGAACUACUGAAAAUUUAUACAGACUUUCUUACGGUGGAUUCUUCAACGAUUGGGUUAUCUUCUGAUAGUAAUGUCUGGAUUGGUGCAUGGUGGAUCGGUUUUUUGGCAGCGGCUGUCAUGUGCUUCGUCAUCGCGAUACCGGUUUUGGCGUUCCCGGCAGUUUUACCCGGAUCGGAGGAACUAGCCAAGGAUAGGGUGUCAGAAGCGCACGAGAAGUCGACUCGAUCUUCCACCGCGGCGACGGGGGAAGCGUUUUCCAAGAUACGAGAGCUGCCGCGCGCUUUGACCGAAUUACUUGGAAAUCCGGCAUUUUUUAUGCUGAACCUGGCAGGUGCCAGUGAAGGGUUGCUGAUCGCCGGAUUUGCCGCUUUCCUACCGAAACUGAUUGAAAAUCAAUUCAGCGUCAGUGCCAGUUCGGCCGCGUUGCUGAUGGGAUUGGUGACUGUACCGGCGGGAGGCGGCGGUACUUUUCUCGGCGGCUAUUUGAUAAAACGUUUAAACUUGCCCUGCUCUGACAUUUUGAAAUUUUGUUUGCUGGCUACAACCGCUUGCAUCGCUUUCACGCUGUGUUUUGCUUUAAACUGCCCGAACUUAGACUUUGCCGGAUUGACUGUUCCUUAUCAGAACAUCACGAGAAAGAUCGCGUUAUCUCUCGAAAACACCUGCAAUAACGGCUGCGGCUGCUCCAGAUCGCAAUUCGACCCUAUAUGCGGUGUCGAUGGAAUCACGUACUACUCGCCCUGUCAUGCUGGCUGUUAUCGGGAAACGCCGAUAAACAAUGUCAAAGUAUACACGGAUUGUAGCUGUAUACACGUGCCGGCGAUGAAUUUAACGAGCGACGAUACCGGCGACGUUGUCCAGUACGAGGCUAUUAAUACUACCUGCGCGAGUUCAUGCUCGUACCUGUGGCUGUUUAUCGUCCUGGCGUUUUGUAAUAUGUUCAUGACUUUCCUCUGCACAAUGCCGGCGCUCUCGUCAACGUUGAGGGUCGUGCGCGACGAUCAGCGAUCGUUCGCUUUAGGCAUACAGUGGAUCAAGGUUCGGAUUUUAGGAACGAUACCGGCACCUAUGGUGUUCGGCGCUCUUAUAGAUGACACUUGCAUCUUGUGGAACGAGACGUGCGAUGGCAGAGGGGCUUGCCUCGUAUAUGACAAUUAUUACAUGAGCAGAUACAUGCUCGCACUGGCAUUUAUUGGGAAAGCGGCUUCGCUGCUCUUCUUUUUCUUGGCAUGGUGGACGUACGUUCCGCCGAGCACCAGAGGCAUCGAUCAGAAUUCUCGGCAGCAAACGACGGCUACUUUAAUGCUAAGUGACACUUCACAAGAAGUUGAAAUAGUACCAACUGCGAUAGCGUAAUCUCGGAUUAUUUCGUUUCUUUUUUUAGAAAGUUAUUCUUUUAGAACUGCUAUGUUAUAAAAACAGUAGAAAUAACUGCGGUUUAUACACGAAUAAACAAAUUUUCUGACAUUUUUCUUUGCGGUGAAAUCCACAAAACUCUGAGAACUAGAAUGACUCAAAUUAUAACGAGAAUAUCGUCGCAACUACAUAAACAGAUAUCAAGCUAGGAUAAAUAUGUAUAUGUCAAGUGUGAACAAAAAGUUGUCAUGAAAAUCCUUUUCGCACGCUAGAAAGUAAGCUUUUGAUAGCCCUAUAUAGCCGAACGUAGCUCAGAAGCUAUAAAUUCGGAAAUCAAUAAGAGAUGUUAAAACAUAUCCGGAUAGUCGUGCCAAAGAGCCUAUAACACUAAAAGUUUUUGCAUUUUCUUUCGAAACCCUUUAUAUAAUGGACAAGUCUCAGUGCGAUGAAUUUAUAAGCACGGACCAAAAUAUCCAGUUUGCGCGGCUCUUAACGCAAAUUUUUAUAUAACUCUACAUUCGCUGCCUGUCAAUUAAAGAUUAAUCAAUUGUAUUUCCUAUAAUGAUAAAUAUCGAUAGUACUUUAUACCCAGAAAUGCGACUUAUACGUAAAUUUCGAAGGUGGUUUUACCAUGUAUCAACCUUGAUGGUUGUCGUAUACUGUAUUACCGAUUUGAUAUUACACUUUUUGCGCCGUUUUUCGCUGUAAUUAUUUUUAUUAAACGGAAAACGCCCAGUAUGCCUAUAUAUAGAGCACGUAUUUAUACAUGUCAUCAAUAAAAAAACUAAUGAGGUAUGUUACACUUUAA